AUGAGUCGACGCGACUUUCUCUCUAUGCCUGCGCCCGAGAACUAUGUGGCUGGUCUCGGUAGAGGAGCUACGGGCUUUACAACCCGAAGCGAUCUGGGUCCCGCCCGUGAGGGUCCAUCCGAGGAGCAGAUGAAAGAGAUGCUAGCAAAGCGCGCAGCUUCGCUAGGUCAGGCAGCCCCCUCAGCCUAUGGUGUCACUGAAAAGAAGGAGGAAGAGAGGGACGAAGAGGAGGACCGGUUUCAAGAUCCCGAUAAUGAAGUUGGCCUUUUCUCAAGCGGCAUGAACUACGACAAGGACGAUGAUGAGGCAGACCGCAUAUACCAAGAAGUUGACGAGAAGAUGGACAAGCGCCGUAGAGCAAGAAGGGAAGCUCGCGAGCAGCAAGAACGAGACGAGUACGAACGAAACAACCCCAAGAUCCAGCUCCAGUUUGCCGAUCUGAAGCGAGCCCUCGGCGGCGUCUCUGAGGAAGAAUGGGCAGCGCUGCCUGAGGUUGGAGAUAUGACCGGCAAAGCGAAGCGCGCUCGUGAAGCUCGACUGGCGAAUUCGAGGUCAUACGCCGUUCCGGAUAGUGUUUUGGCCGCAGCAUCCAAGAGUGGCGAGCUUGAUACCACGAUAUCGUCAGGCGACGCAGACGGCAUGACAACCAACCUUGCCAGUAUCGGAGCCGCGCAGCUAUCUGCCUUGACGGUACGACUGGACUCAGCAGCAAGUGCGCCUGGCACGCAAACCACAACAACUUCUGGUACCUCGACGUCUGUGGACCCGAAGGGAUACAUGACUGCACUGAGCAAAAAGGAAGCUAUGGGUGAGGAAGUUCCAGUUGAGGACAUCAACCGUGCGCGUGUGCUGUUAGAAUCGGCCGUCAAGACCAACGUCCACAACGGCCCCGGAUACGUUGCGCUAGCACGACUUGAAGAGGUUGCUGGAAAGAUUCACACGGCCAAAAAGGUCAUUGCACGUGGAUGCGAACUAUGUCCUCGGUCUGUAGUCGUCUGGGAGGAAGCGAUCAGACUGAACCGCGACAACAUCCACAAUGCGAAGAUCAUUGCCGCCAAUGGUAUCAAGCAGAACACCAAGGCGGUAAAAUUAUGGCAAGCUGCCAUUGAUCUGGAACAAACACCAGCGUCUAGGAAAAAGGUUACACGUCAAGCUCUAGAUCACAACCCCCAGAGUGUGGAGUUGUGGAAGACCUUGAUCAACGACACGGAAGAGCUAGACGCUGUCCGCUUAUUGUUCGCCAAAGCUACAGAAACUGUUCCUCUCUCAGAGGAGUUGUGGAUCUCAUUCGCCAGAGUUUCAAAACCAGAAGACGCGCAGCAGAUUCUCAACAAGGCUCGCAAAGCCAUCCCCACCAGUUGGGCGAUUUGGAUUCAUGCUUGCAGAUUGCAAGAAGAGCUGGGCAAAGUUGACAUGUUGGACAUGAUCAUGACUAGAGCAGUCAAGUCCCUGAUAAAGGAGAACGCUAUGAUCAAACGUGAAGAGUGGAUCACUCAAGCUGAGAUUUGCGAGGAGCAAGGCGACACUGGCACAGCUGCUGCGAUCAUCAAGGCGACUGUGGGCUGGGGUCUUGACGAAGAUGACGAGCGUCGGGACGUUUGGCUAGAAGAUGCCAGGAGCGUGUUGAACAGAAACAAGCCGGAAACAGCUAGGGCAAUCCUCGGAUUUGCUGUCGCCGUCUUCCCGUAUAGUACAACAGUCUGGCACGCGUCCACUGACCUCGAAAAACAUCACGGAACAACAGACACCCUACUAAGUGUCCUGGAGCGUGCCGUGAACGCCUGUCCAAACUCGGAGUCCUUGUGGCUUCAAUACGCUCGAGAAAUGUGGCAGUCAGGCAACCCUGAAGGUGCUCGCCAGGUUCUGGGAAGAAGUUUCGAGGCUCUGCCAGGCAACGAAAUGCUGUACACUCGCGCUGUUGAUUUCGAAGUUGACGCUGGCAACUACGAGCAGGCCCGUAGCUUCCUCCAGGUAGCACGUGAAUCAGCUGCCACUGACCGCAUCUACAUGAAGUCGGCCGUGCUAGAACGACAACUGGAAAACUAUGAGACAGCGAUUGACAUUUGCAACCAGGGUCUGCAGAACUGGCCCGGCAGCUGGAAGUUACAUGCUAUCAAGGGUCAAGUCUACGAGCAGCUUUCAAAGCUGCCCGAAGCUCAUGAGGCGUUCAACAUCGGUACACGCGCGGCACCGAAAGCUCCAGUCCUGUAUAUUCUUCUUUCACGACUCCAGGUGAAGCAAGGAGCAGUUGUAAAGGCUAGGUCCACCCUGGAUCGUGGUCGACAGCAGAACCCUAAGAGCGAGGAGAUCCUUCUAGAGCAAGUCCGUCUCGAGCGUUGCCAGAACAACACGAGUGCCGCCCAACAGCUGAUGGCCGGCGCUCUACAACAAUGUCCCAACUCAGGGCUUUUAUGGGCAGAGAAGAUCAUGCACCUCGAGGGCCGCACACAACGUAAGCCGCGCGCACUCGAAGCUAUUAAGAAAGUGGAAAAGGACCCUCUACUAUUCGUCGUCGUCGCACGGAUCUUCUGGUCGGAGCGACGUCUCGACAAGGCCGCGACGUGGUUCGUCAAGGCUGUCACCCUUGACAGCGAUUACGGUGAUGCUUGGGUGUGGUACUACAAGUUCCUCGAACAGCAUGGCACUGAGGAGAAGAAGGAGGAUACGCUUUCAAAGGCUGCCAUGGCUGAGCCCAAGCAUGGUGAAAUAUGGCAGUCUGUUGCCAAGGAUCCUAAGAAUGCGAGGAAGAGUGUAGAGGAGAUUUUGAAGAUUGCUGCGGCAAAAGCGGAGUAG